AAGCGCCCCAUCAGGGCGGAAGAAAGGCCUUUGUGACUCUACACGGGGACUUAAAUAUAAGCAUUUAAAUAUCAACUGAUAUUUCCAACAUAACCAAAAUGCAUUUGGUCUUUAUGUUAUUGGUUUUAUCGUCAUAACACCGCUGUGGUGUGAUGUCACUAGCGAGGCUAGCUAGUUAGCAACGGUGCUAACGGAAGACGUUGAAAAUGGUUCAGAACAUGUUUCGCAGCGGGUUUCUGGUUCGGGCCUCGCACACCCUGCUCACCUGGGUCAUAACCCUCAUUCUGUUCCUGCAUGACACCGAUCUGCGGCGGUGUGAGGAGCGGGGAGAGCUGCUGCUGCCGGUUCUCUUCUUCCUCCUGGUCAUGCUGUCGGUGCUCUUCUACUUUGCCGUUUCCUUGAUGGACCCUGGCUUCGUUCUCUCCGACAGCACCAAGGCUUCCGGUGAGGAGGAGUCCAUGAUUCCUCAGUCCUCGACCCCUCGGCCGCGGCGCUGUGGAUACUGCCUGCUGCAGCAGCAGCCAAUGAGAGCGAAGCACUGUCAGACGUGUCAGCGCUGCGUGCGGCGCUUCGACCACCACUGCCCCUGGAUGGAGAACUGCGUGGGCGAGCGGAACCACCGCUGGUUCCUCGUGUACCUGCUGGUGCAGCUGCUGGCGCUGCUGUGGGCGCUGCGCGUCGCCCUCUCGGGCCUCGCCCCCGGCGCCUCCUGGGACCUCUGGCUCCGGGCUAACUGCUUCCUGCUGGCGGCGCUGGCCGUCCUCGGCGUCUUCUCCGCGGUGGUGCUGCUUCUGCUGGGCGUCCACCUCUACCUGGCCUCCGUCAACUGCACCACCUGGGAGUUCGUGUCGCGCCACCGCGUCUCCUACCUGAAGAACCGCGCGGACGAGCGCAGCCCGUUUGACCGCGGGCUGCUCUGCAACCUGUGGGACUUCUUCUGCGCGUGCGGGGCGGCGGCGCGGGACGCCGGCGUGCCCAACUCCGUCUGAAGACCAGAUUUAUUAUACCGGACCCCGACGCCGCUUCAUCCCACAGGAAAAGAGGUUUAGAAGGACGUUGGUGGUCCUCAGAGGACGAACCAGAGGGGCUUUUGUUUGGGCCUGGCACCAAAUUAAGUUUUUUUUUGUUUUGUUUUUCAAGUUGAUUCCGUUAGAAGACCAAGAUUAAAAAAAGGUCAACAGUAUUUAUUCAACGGAGAACUUCUUGAACCGCUGGUGAUUUCCUCCCUUCAGUAUUUGCAGAUCACAAUAGUUCACAACAUCCAUAUUAUAGCCUAUUUAAUUUAGUCAUCUAAGAGAAUCAACAUCAGCUCAGCUGUUGUUUUCACUGGCUGAUGAGGAGCUGAAGUCGUUGCAUUGGGAACCAGUAAUUGGACCGGGCAGAACUCGGUCUAGUUCCUGUUGUAGAACAACGACCACAGAGAAGUAGCUCAUUCAAAUGUACUUCAAACUAUCUGAGCUGCUGAACUCUCGUCCUAGCGUAUCUGUUAGCAGCAACCGGAGACCCUUUUCCAUGAGGUGACAUUUAAAUCACAGAAAUGUAUUUUAUCUUAAAAACUGUAUUUUCAGGCAGUUUUGUUGAAAGAAUUUAAGAUAAGAAGAUAAAACGGCUGCGUCUUUCUCUCUCAGGUGUGAGUCACCUUCUCCUCUGUUGCCUCGUGAGAGCAGUGACCUCCACAUUAUAACACUAAGGGCCUUUAUGUCUUUUGUAUUAUUGAAUUUGAUCGGUGAUACAUUUUUAAAAAUGUUUAGAAUAAUCUUCUCAGCAAUUAUUUUACAACUCUUUUGUUUACUGUGUUUUUUCACUUUGUAUUUAUUGACAUUAAAACAGUGAUGAUA